CUCUCCAGUCUGCUAAUUCCCGAAACAAUGGGAGAAAGGCUUGGCCAUGCAGCCAGCAGCCUCAUUCCACAUUCCUGAUACCUGGAGGACACCAGAGCCCCCUCCUGCUGCAGUGUGGUCUUUUUGGCGUUCACUCCCAUCCUGCUCUGAAGCCAGGGGAAGGCUCCACUGGACAGUCUGGAACCUGUUUAGCCGGUUCCUCUCAACACUGGAAGAUCACUACUUCUGUCCCUCGCUGCCCAGGGGGCCGGACCUGGGGCACUAUCCAAUCACGGUCUCCGUCGGGGUGGACUGGCAGCAGGAGGUGGAAGGAGGAACCAGGAUACCGCAAAAGCUGGGAAAUGGACUCAGUGACCUUUGAGGAUGUGGCUGUGAGGUUUACCCAGGAUGAGUGGCCUCUGCUGGAUCCUUCCCAAAAGAAUCUCUACAGAGAUGUGAUGCAGGAAACCAUCAGGAACCUGAAGUCUCUAGGAAUAAAAUGGAAAGACGAGAACAUUGAAGAUCAUUGCAAAGAUUCCAGGAGAAAUCCAAGAAAUCAUAUGGCAGAAAGACUCUGUGAAUGUAAAGAUGGUCAAUGUGGAGAAACUUUCAGCUUGAUUUCAGAUGCUAUAAUGAACAAGAAGACUUUUCCUGGAGUAAAACCAUGUGAAAGCCGUGUGUGUGCAGAAGGCAACACGGAUCAUUCAUCUCUGAAUUGCUGCAUCGGAGCCGACACUGGACACAAACCAUCCAAGUGUCGGGAACGUAGAGAGAAGACACAUAAACGUAAGCAGUGUGUAAAAACCUUCAGCUGUCUCCACUCCUUUCAAACACAUGAAAAGCCUCACACUGGAGAGAAAGCCUAUGAUUGUAAGGAAUUGAAAAAAACCUUCAUUUCUCUCAAAACUGUUCAAAGACACAGGGUAAUGCACAGUGGAGAUGGACCUUACACAUGUAUUUGUGGGAAAGCCUUUGUUACUCUCAGUCUAAAUCUCACACAUGAAAAAUCUCAUACUGGACAGAAGCCAUAUAAAUGUAAUGAAUGUGGGAAAGCCUUUGAUUGUCUCAGCCACUUUCACAGACAUGAAAGAACACACACCGGGGAGAAGCUGUAUGAAUGUAAGCAGUGUGGGAAAGCCUUUAAUCGUUCCAGUAAUAUCCGAGCACAUGCAAAAAUUCACACGGGAGAGAAACCGUAUGAAUGUAAGCAAUGUGGGAAAGCCUUUCAUAGUUGGAGUUCUGUUCGAAAGCAUGCAAAAAUUCACACCGGAGAGAAACCAUAUGAAUGUAAGCAAUGUGGGAAAGCCUUUACUCGACCCAGUUCAAUUCAACGACAUGCAAGAAUUCACACCGGAGAGAAACCGUAUGAAUGUAAGCAAUGUGGGAAAGCCUUUACUCGUUCCAGUUACAUUCGAACACAUGCAAGAAUUCACAGUGGAGAGAAACCCUAUGAAUGUAAGCAAUGUGGGAAAGCCUUUAUUCAGUCCAGUGCCUUUCAAACACAUGUAAGAAUUCACACUGGAGAGAAACCUUAUCAGUGUAAGCAAUGUGGGAAAGGCUUCAGUUUACCCAGUAAUGUUCGAAUACAUGCAAGAAUUCACACUGGAGAGAAACCCUAUGAAUGUAAGCAGUGUGGGAAAGCUUUUUCUUCUCUCAGUUCCUUUCGGUAUCAUGAAAGGACUCAACACUGGAGAGAAACCCUAUGAAUGUAAGCAAUGUGGAAAAGCCUUUCUUCAAUCCAGUUCCAUUCAAAACCAUGCAAGAAUUCGCACUGGAGAGCAACCCUAUGAAUAUAAGUAAUCUGGGAAAGCCUUUAGUUGUUUCAGUUCCAUUUGAACAAAGUGUAGGCCAGCACUCCAUCUCAGUUCUGUAAUCCCAACAUUUUGGGAGGCCAAGGUAGGUGGAUCCUGACAUCAGGAGUUAAGACCAGCCUGGUCAAGAUGGUGAAACCCCGUCUCUACUAAAAAUUUAAAAGUUAACUGGCCAUGGUGGCAAGUGCCUGUAAUUCCAUCUAUUUAAGAGGCUGAGGCAGAGAAUUGCUUGAACCCAGGUGGCAGAGGUUGCACUGAGCUGAGAUCACGCUACGGCACUCCAGCCUGGUGACAGAGUGAGACUCCAUCUCAAAAACAAAAAGAAAAAAAGUAAAGCCUUUUACUUUUCAUUAUGUUCUGAAACCAUACCUGAAAUCACACAUGAAAUAAAUGAUGUUAGGAACAUGGGGGCCUUUCCUUUCUCAAUUCUUUGAAGGCACACAGUGUGACACCGGUGAUAGACUUCCUAACUGUCAGGAACGUGGAAUAUGGUUGGUUUGUCCUUGUUUAUUUUACAUACAUGAAAGAACUUACUCUGGAGAGAAACUGAAUGUAAAUAAAGAAUGUGGUAAAGCCUUGUGUA